GUCAAUUGUCAUUUCAAAGUGUCAUUUUUGUGGUUUUAAUUUCACUAAUAUUUAAUUAAAAUCGGGCGAAAUGGACGAAAAACAGCCUGUAAAAAUCGAAGAUAAUAAUUUUGCACAAAUUCUGAUCGCAGUUUUAGUGAUUGUUGUGACUUUGAUCCUUUUUGUGCUCUACCGGCGUAGAAAAGCCACCAGGAAUUGUGUCCUCCUAACCGGGUUGUGCGACAGUGGAAAAACAUUAAUUUUCUCUCAAUUAGUCCACGAGAAAUUCAUCCAAACUCACACUUCCAUUAAGGAAAAUAUUGGUACUUUUAUCGUCAAUAAUAAUUACUUGAAAAUUGUUGAUAUCCCGGGUCAUGAGCGUCUGAGAGACAAAUUCCUCGAGCAAUACAAAGAACUGACAAGGGGGCUUGUCUUUGUUGUUGACUCUUCCACAAUUCAGCAAGACGUUCGCGACACGGCUGAGUUUCUCUACAACAUUUUGGUGGAUUCGUGUGUGGCUCGAAAUGGGCCCCAAAUUCUCAUUUUGUGCAAUAAACAAGACCAGACUUUGGCUAAGGGCAGCAAUGUUGUUAAAUCUAUCCUAGAGAAGGAAUUAAACACUUUACGUGUCACUAAGACGCAUCAAUUGGCCUCAGUGGACCCUAAGGAGAAAAAAAUCGCCAGUUUGGGGGCCCCUGAUUGCGAUUUUUCCUUCGCUAAUAGCCCCUAUAAAGUCGAUUUUGUGGAGACGUUUGCCUGUAGCAAAAAUGGGGCUGUUGAUAUUGAACAUUUGAAGGCGUGGGUGGCGAAAAUUGCUUAAUUUAUACGUUUUUUUUUAAAUAAAAAGUUGAAGUUU